AUGGUGAAUCUUGGUCUCACUCGAGUUGACGAUGAGUUGGUAGCCAAACACCCGGGUUUAGAAAGUUAUGCCGCUUGCCAAUCCCACGCCUUCAUGAAGGGAAGUGGAACCUUUGUCCUUGGUGCCAUUGGCCUUUUUGCGCUUCAAAAGGUUCUACAGAAGAGACUUCCUUAUCCUCUGCAGUGGAACCUGCUCAUUUCCAUUGUGGCGUCAUCGAUGGGCAGCUAUGCAGUGACAAGUUGGGAAACGCAAAAAUGCUCCGACCUGUGGUUACUACUUGAAACUGGCAAAGUUCCGGAUAGGUCACCACCACAUGUGCCUAAAACAGAAGAACCAUCAGGGACUCGGAAGACAAAAUAUGGCGAUGUGAUGGAAUGA